CCUGGAGGUCAGAGGUCGAGCGGAAGCGGCGGCGGCAUCCGGCGACCGGCCUGAGGGAAGGCGAUGGCCAAACAUCACCCGGAUUUGAUCUUCUGUCGCAAGCAGGCCGGUGUCGCCAUCGGGAGGCUGUGUGAAAAAUGUGAUGGCAAGUGUGUGAUCUGUGACUCCUAUGUCCGUCCCUGCACAUUGGUCCGGAUAUGUGAUGAGUGUAACUAUGGCUCCUAUCAGGGGCGCUGUGUGAUCUGUGGGGGCCCUGGAGUGUCGGACGCCUAUUACUGCAAGGAAUGCACCAUCCAGGAGAAAGAUCGAGAUGGUUGCCCAAAGAUUGUCAACCUGGGGAGUUCCAAGACUGACCUUUUCUAUGAACGAAAGAAGUAUGGCUUUAAGAAGAGGUGAUUGGCUUGACCCUCAUUGCCCCACCGCCAUACUGCUGCCCCAGCUCGAGAAGACACCCUCACCACCAUGGAAAGGGGAAAAUGGGACCCAAGGAGCACCAGAUUUGCCGAUGACUACCUCCCCCUCUACAUCAUUUCCACCCCUGUCCCCUCACCCAGAAAUGUGGCAGAGGAAAGAACAGGAUUCUGCCUAGGUAACAGGUAACAGCUAGAAAUGGGAUCUCAGAUGGCCCUUUCUUGUGUAUAAGAAGCUGGGGCGCAGUCUUCUCGAAGGCUAGCAUCAUGUUAGUCCAGUCUUUGGGGAGCUGCCCAUGAAACCCAGCAGCAGCAGAGUGAGGAAUGUGGUCUUGCAGUCAGCUCCUCAAGAAUCACCCUCCUGAGCACUAGCAGCAUUUUAGGUGGGGUGAGAAAUGCGUCAGAGCAGUCACAGUGGGCUGCCGCUGUGGCCAGGCAUGCCUCUGGGGUCACGGUCAUCACAUUUUCCUUUUCUCCUGAGCAAAGAUCUUCUCUGUAGCCGGUGUUAAUAAAGUUGGUGUUUUCUUUUCUA